GCGCUGGCUCCAACUCGGCUCAGACAAAAGGCGGCGGCGGGAGCGGGCGGGAGGCGGAGCGGCGCCGCGAGGGCCUCAAGGUGACACCCGCCCCCGGCCCCGGCCCCCCCAGCCCGGCCCCUUCAGCCCGCCCUCCCACCCAUCCCCCCAUCUCCGGCCUCCCCCGUGCCCUUUCUAGGCCCCCUCCCCCCGGCGGGGGGUGGGGAGCAGAGAGGGCCCCGCCCCUCGCGCCCCCUCCUCAGGGCCAGCGCAGGAUGCCCCCGGCCCCUGGCAGCCCCCCGGGAGGUCCUGAGUUCGACGCGCCCCCUCUACGCCAUGUCCCCCCCUGGCUCGGCCGCGGGAGAGAGCGCCGGCGGCGGCGGCGGCGGCGGCGGCUCCGGGGUCCCCGAGGAGCCCAUGGCAGCGGCGGACGAGGGCCCCGCCCGAGAGGAGCAGCAACGUCCCAUCCAGCCCUCUUUCACCAAAUCUCUCUGCCGUGAGUCUCACUGGAAGUGCCUCUUGCUCUCUCUGCUCAUGUAUGGCUGCCUGGGGGCAGUGGCUUGGUGCCAUGUCACCACAGUGACACGCCUCACCUUCAGCAGCGCCUACCAGGGCAAUAGCCUCAUGUACCACGACAGCCCCUGCUCUAACGGCUAUGUCUACAUCCCUCUGGCCUUCCUACUCAUGCUCUACGCGGUCUACCUGGUGGAGUGUUGGCACUGCCAAGCCCGCCACGACCUGCAGCACCGUGUGGAUGUGAGCAGUGUUCAGGAACGCGUGGGUCGCAUGCAGCAGGCCACGCCCUGCAUCUGGUGGAAGGCCAUCAGUUAUCACUAUGUCCGACGAACCCGACAGGUCACCCGAUACCGCAAUGGAGAUGCCUACACUACCACCCAGGUCUACCACGAGCGGGUCAACACACACGUGGCGGAGGCCGAGUUCGACUACGCGCGCUGUGGCGUCCGAGAUGUGUCCAAGACGCUGGUGGGGCUGGAGGGCGCCCCAGCCACGCGGCUGCGCUUCACCAAGUGCUUCAGCUUCGCCAGCGUGGAGGCUGAGAACGCGUACCUGUGCCAGCGCGCGCGCUUCUUCGCCGAGAACGAGGGCUUGGAUGACUACAUGGAGGCGCGAGAGGGCAUGCAUCUCAAGAAUGUGGACUUUCGAGAGUUCAUGGUGGCUUUCCCCGACCCGGCUCGGCCGCCCUGGUACGCCUGCUCGUCGGCCUUCUGGGCGGCAGCCCUGCUCACGCUGUCCUGGCCUCUGCGCGUGCUGGCCGAGUACCGCACGGCGUACGCGCACUACCACGUGGAGAAGCUCUUUGGUCUGGAGGGACCGGGCUCGGCCAGCAGCGCGGGCGGGGGCCUGAGUCCCAGCGACGAGCUGCUGCCCCCGCUCACGCACCGCCUGCCACGGGUCAACACGGUGGACAGCACCGAACUCGAGUGGCACAUCCGUUCUAACCAGCAGCUGGUACCCAGCUACUCGGAGGUGUUGCUCAUGGACCUGGUCGAGCUGGGCUCACGCUGCGGCGGGCCAGGGGGUGGCUACGUGCCCAGGUGUCGCUACGGAGGGGUUGGUGGCCCGGGAGCGGCAGGCGUGACCCCACACUGGCGGAGCUGCGAGCACUGUCAGCGAGCGGUCAGCAGCUCGUCCAUCUUCUCGCGCAGCGCGCUGAGUAUCUGCGCCAGCCCGCGGGCCGCCCAGGGCCCCGGAGCGAGUGCGGGGUGUGGAGGCAGCCGCUUCUCACUCAGUCGCCUCUACGGCUCCCGGCGCAGCUGCCUGUGGCGCAGCCGGAGCGGGAGUGUCAACGAGGCGAGCUGCCCCACGGAGCAGACGCGUCUGUCGAGCCAGGCCAGCAUGCGGGACAACGAGGACGACGACGACGAGGAGGAGGCCGGGCCACCGCCGCCCUACCACGACGCCCUCUGCUUCCCUGUCCUCAUUGUCCAUCGGCAGGAGGGGUGUCUGGGCCACAGCCACCGGUCACUGCACCGCCAUGGCUCCUGCGUGGAGACUUCACUGUGACCUCCCGCCUUUGGAGGGAGCCUGAGCCGUUCUCCCUCCUGCCUCUCCUUCGUGUUGUGCUCUCUGUGUGUAGCAGGGGAGGGCAGGAUGGUGGCUAAGGCCAGGCAGGGUAUGAGGGAAGGCAGGAGGUGAGGGGCACACUCAGAUAAGACCUCACUGAUCUGAGACUGCUUCCCUGUACACAGACAGAGGCUGGGAGAUUGGCAGCUCUCUAAGAAUCCCGCCCACCGGGGCAGAGGUGGUUCUCUUCCAGUCCCCACCGAGUUCCUGUGGGGGACACCUCCUUUUCCAUGCACACUCGAGAUUUCCCGCCCAGGCUUUCAUCGAGUCUUGACUGUUAGUAUGUUGUGGGACCUGUUUCUGGCCUCCCCGCCAUGGGAACCAUAAUGGUGGGCAGCAGGAAAGACAAGGCAUUUGGGGCGUUUUUUUUUUCUCUUUUUGCCCCGGUCCCCCGCGGAGAGGGGCGGUGGUUUGGUGAAGAGUUGGCUCUGAGGGUUGGGCCAGGUGGCAGCCCAGAAUUCCUCUCCACACCUUGAAAGAGUUCUGGCCUCUGUGGCGCUGCCUCUGGGAAAGCUCGGGGGUUCCUCUCUGCCACACCGAUCCCUGUGUUGUUUGUUUCACUUGAGCCCCAGAGGUCCGAUCCUGGAGGGACUUUUCUUCACAGCAAUGGCGUCACUCACCUCAGGGCUUACCGGCUCUGAAGAGCUGUUGUCAGGGUGCAGGGCAAGGGAAGGGAAGCUGGGAGGGCACGGCAGGUCCUUUCUGGAAAAGACUAAACCUUCCACUCAUCAGCUGCUCCCCCCUACCCCCUGCCCCGGGUUCUGGGGAGGUGCUUCCAUAAAGGAGGCUAAGGUGCCGUCCUGGAGGUCCUCAUUAAAGUCGGCCAGGGUGAGUGACCAAGUAGGCAGAGCUUGAGAAACACCUUGAUGUCCAGAGACCUCAGGAGCAGAGUUAGUAAUGGUUGGUGGACUGAAACUAGCCCUGAAGGUGUGGCGGACGGGAGUGAGUGCUGUAGCUUUCCCUCAAACAAGAAGGAUGGCCCUCAAACAUGCCUCUGUAGAGCCGAGUCCAUCCCAAGCCCUAGCUAGAGAGAUACUCAUUUCCAGUGGCAGGAGUUCCGACCUCCUCGCCAGACCUUCCACUUCUUCCUAUCCUUCUGAGUUGAAGCUCUAGGUCUUCAGAGGGGCGACAUGACACAGCCCCAGGGCACCAGCCCUUUGUCCUGUUCCUUCAAAGCUUUGACACCAACUUUGCUCUCCCACUCCCUACCCCCGCCCCCUGACACCCUCUACCCCAGUGUGCUUCAUUGUGCAUGUCUGUGUUUGGCCCCUUGUUCUCCCAGCUGCCCUGGCUGACGUUUUCCCAGCAGACUUAGCACCCAGGGAUUGGGCUCACAUCCAUCCAAUCUCGCUCCCUCUGCUUCUUGCUUUGCCUUCACCAUCAGACCCCUUUUUGGCUUCCCCUCUUCCUCCUGGCUGUGCCAGGCCUAUGCCAACCAAUAUGAGUGGCCCCUACCUAUGCAAAAUCUCUUUUGGCUCCCCUUCCCUUUGUCCCUAGGGGAUGUGGGAAGCCCUGUUGUGGGGAUGCCAUGGUCUAGGGCUCAAAUGGGGGCUGAGCUUUCUGGUUAUACAGAGAUGGUUGGGUGAGGUGGGAGGGGUGUCACAGGAGGGAGGGGUGUCCCUUUGGGCAGAAGGGAUCAGCACAGCUGCCUACUGGGUUUCCUGGGCAACAGUGUUCACUUGUCAGCUAGCACAGAACCCUCCAGGACCUUGAGUUUGAGCUCCUUGUGUGUGUGUGUUGAUUAUUGGAGCACAGGUACUGAGUGAGCUGUGGCCUCACUCAGUUCUUGGCCAGCUGGCACCUGAAUGUCUUGUUCUCAUUUAGGGGCAGCUUGGCCAUCUCACAGCUCCAAGGAGGGGAGGACUUGGCUCAUCUUCCUUCAUUCUGGGUCCAGAAACGGAGCUUGGCCUUGGGAGAGGAGGAGGGGAAGCCCUGUUAUUAUUUUUGCUUGACCAUUUCUGCCUAGGUCUCCUUGCACAAACAGCCUCACCUCCCACACACACGCACAUACUUAGAGAGAAAGCAAUUCUUUGGUCUCUUUUCUUGGUAGCUUUAUUGAUUGCCAGGGAAAAUGAAAACCAGAAAAUUAAUUAAUCUCUAAAAUUAAACUUUACACUGAAUGUUCUUGUUUCUCUAAUUAGAACCUCUGCUAGCAGCUGUGGCUACACACACACACACACAGACACACACAGACACACACACCCUCACACCUACAUGUUUGCACUCUGGAACUGUCAGAGGGUGUCAGGCACAGAGGACUCUAGGUUGCCCGGACAGGCACACACAUAGUCACUCCCAAGCCCCCUCUGGUGCUCUGCUCAGUGCCUGCUUGUUGCAGAGAGUCCCUGGAGUGCAGGCCCUCCUAACUCUUUGAGGUAGAUGGGCUCUAGGCCGCUCAGCUCAAGGAGAGUUGGGAGGUCAGAGUUGGAAUUAGUCAGUCAGAUCCUCUCGUGAAUCCAUAGUCUGUGAUUCCUAUGGUGUAGCCCCAGGGUGGGCAGUCACAGCAUGGCAGGGACUCAAGGAGAGGGUACCUGGGAGACUGUAUGUCCUGAGGAGAAGGGCUUGUGGGGUGGGCUAGGCCUGGCUCGGGAGAAGACAGGUCUCUGUCAAAUUGGGUGCAUCACACUGUGGCCUUCUUGUCAUGGAAUUCCAAGCGCAAAGAUUGUACAAAUCACACUGAUGGAUAAUAAAAGUGUGGAUGACUCACCA